CGAGCUUGUGGUCUCCUCCGGCAUUUAAGAGGCCACAAAAAAACUCCCCCAAUGCUUUGCCGCCUCUAUGGUCUCAACCAACACUCUAUCGUCUUUUAAGCAUCUUCUUUCCUUUUUGUUUUAAAAGUAAAAACGGUUACUUUACGCGGUUCGAACAACAAAGUUCCCGACUCCCUCAGCCUUUAGUUUUGCUUGAUCGCUCAGUAGGCAGCCGUCUGAAAAAUGGCGAUGGCGGGUCUUUACCGGCGGAUCCUCCCGUCACCUCCGGCUAUUGAUUUUGCUUCUACCGAAGGAAAGCAACUCUUCUUGGACGCCGCUCAAAAUGGAACAAUGGAAGCCUUCUUCAAGUUGAUUUCAUAUUUUCAGACACAAUCUGAACCUGCAUACUGUGGCCUGGCUAGUCUUUCCAUGGUAUUGAAUGCUCUUUCUAUUGAUCCAGGAAGAAAAUGGAAAGGCCCUUGGAGAUGGUUUGAUGAAUCGAUGUUGGACUGUUGUGAGCCACUAGAAAAGGUUAAAGCUAAAGGUAUCUCUUUUGGAAAAGUUGUGUGUUUGGCUCGUUGUGCUGGAGCAAAAGUGGAAGCUUUUCGCACAAGUCAGAGCACCAUAGAUGACUUCCGUAAGCAUCUCAUAGCAUGCUCCACUUCUGAUGAUUGCCAUCUUAUUUCAUCAUAUCAUAGAGGAACCUUUAAGCAGACAGGAACGGGUCACUUUUCGCCUAUUGGUGGUUAUCAUGCCGGAAGGGAUAUGGCAUUGAUUCUAGAUGUUGCACGGUUUAAAUACCCUCCUCAUUGGGUUCCACUUCCACUUCUUUGGGAAGCCAUGAAUACUGUUGACGAAGCGACAGGGUUACAUAGGGGUUUCAUGCUUGUUUCCAAGCUUCACAGAGCUCCAGCACUGCUUUAUACCUUGAGCUGCAAGCAUGAAAGUUGGGUUGAUAUUGUUAAGUACUUAACUGAUGGUGUUCCUUCGCUUUUGAGUUCCAACAAUGUCAAGGAUGUAAAAGAUGUUCUUUCAACUGUUUUAGAAUCUCUGCCUUCUAACUUUACAGAAUUUAUUAAGUGGGUAGCUGAAAUUCGAAGACAAGAGGAAGGUGCUAAGAGUCUGAGUGAUGAAGAAAAAGGAAGGCUUACCUUGAAGGAAGAUGUGCUGAAGCGAAUUCGGGAGACUGGUCUUUAUAGGCAACUGAAGGAUAUCUUAUCUUCUGAAAAAUCAUGCUGCCAAACGGAAGCAACACUUGGACGUCAUGUAGAUAACUUGUCUGAUAUUGCUGCAAGAGUAUGCUGCCAAGGUGCAGGUCUCUUUGCAAGGAGAUUUCGUUCAUCAGAUAUGUUUUGCUGCCAGGAGACAUGUGUGAGAUGCUACAGAGCUAAUGGAGAAGACAAAUCUGUUACUAUAGUGUCAGGGACAAUCGUGGAUGACAAUAAGGGAGAACAAAAGUUGGAUGUUCUAGUGCCUACAUCUCAUAUGAAAUCGAACUGUUGUGCUUCUGGCAUUGAUAGUUCCACGGAUGAUAUUCACCCAGCAUGCAAUGAUGUGCUAACAGCGCUAUUGUUGGCCCUGCCACCUGAGACAUGGUUAAAUAUCAAAGAUAGACGAGUACUGGAGGAAAUAAACAGCAUCUUUUCCAUAGAAAACCUUCCUCCGAUACUCCAAGAAGAGAUUCUGCAUUUGCGUGGUCAGUUUCUUUUUGUCAAGAGGUGCAAGGAGGACAAGGUAGAAGAAGAGUUAUCGGCAAUGCAUGUUUAGCGUGUACACAUAUUAUUACUAUUUCACAUUGAUGUGAGAUGAUGUGUGCAUUUUAUUUGUAAGACUAAUAAUAAUACACAGCAUCUUGGAUAGACUGCAGCUGGGCUAUGUCUCUCUUGUUCUUUUUUAUAGGUUUUAGUAGGUGAAGAUGAAAAAGAUGCCUUUUGGGGCACAAAAUGUUUCAGUGAAGCAGCUGAUCGAAAUUUCCACAGGCAUGCAGUGAAGACUCAAAGUGUGCUGAGAAAUUUUUGCAACCCUCGGGGUUUCAUUAGGUGCACUGUAUCAUCAACCCACUGUGAAAUGUAUCCAAAGGUUAAGGGUAAAUUUGAAUACAUGUACAGCUGCUCUGCCCAAGGUACUCUACGCAUACCGUGCAUUGGCUCAAGGCAUUCUAUUUUGAAAUCCAUGACAUUGUUGUGAAGAGGGUUACGCCUUGUUUGGGAACGACGUUUUUAACUAAUGUUUAUCCUUCCUGGGCUGCUUUCUUGGAAUAUUUGGAAGGCGUAUAAUGCUUGUCUUCACUCUCAUGGAAGGUUUACCAAGGAGGGGUUGUUGGCAGCAACAAACCAGCUUCUUCAGCAAUGGUUUUGGGCGAAACAUUUGGACACAUCUUCUCUAUAUAAAUCUAAUGUGUUUAGCUUUGGAAUUCAUACUUUUUGUAAAAAGACUUGAUGUUCUUGGCCUUGAGAGCCUUUAAUAAAAUUCUUUACCUUUA